UAACUUUCAUUUCCAGAUUUCAAUCACAUUAAUUUGACUCAAAAUGAAGUCAAAUCACAAAUCCAUUUUAUUCUUUACAACCUUAGCUUGUGUAGUCUUGUCUAGUCCUUCUCAGUCUCUGAGUUCCUCAACAACACUCACUGCCAGUGAUAGGAAGCGGCUGGAAGCUGUACUUGAACCAGGAUGGCAACUAACUGACCUAAAUCUUGUUACAUAUGCAGCUUCUGGCUACAAGCAUUUGGGCCUCAAAGUGCCAAAUUCUGAGGCUGCAUGCUCAUAUGUGAGUGGACAGGCUGCAGACACAAAUGCUAACACUGAAAUGCUGUUUCUGGCUGCGUCAGCUGCCGUGUAUCUGGGUUGCCCCAUCACUGCAAGUCCUCAUAUGAAGCAGACAUUGACUGAGAGCAUCUCAGAAAGCAGCAGCUUAGUGGAAGUGUACCACGCUGUGCUUGGUCUUCAUCGUCUCAAAGAGAACAUUGACACAGCUAAGGUCCUUGCUGUAACACAAGCCAUUCUCAAGAAGGAUGAUGGAGUACUCAACUUGGGAUAUGCAUUCCACAUUGGCUCAGUUCUGUCAGGAGAUGUGUCAAGCCUCCACUCUCGGAUUGAGGACGCUGUGGUGCAGGCAGAUGAGGUCGAUGGACGAAUGCUCCAGUUUGAAGGAGGACUUUCCAUCACUGCUCUCGUUGUGGAUGGGGCAUACAAGCUGAGUGAGGCUGCCAAGCGACCUGUGCCGCUGAGGCCUGAGCAGGCUGUCAAGUUUGCUAAUUACCUGCUGAGUCGCAAGAGUGUCCAGCUGCCCAAAGGCGUGCAUUACCUCCUGCACGCUCUCACUAUGUUCACUAAUAACAAGUACCACGUUCCCGUCGCCAUAAGCCUUGCGAGCAGCGUUGCCGUCAGCGCCGCUCAACCAUCUGUUCAGGUGUCCAUCUCGGACCUGAUGGGCAACAACAUCCCAGGCGCCGACGUCAGAGUCACGGCAGAGCAGGUGACCCGAGAUGACGACGGUCAGGUUCUCGCCUCCAGCCUCCAGCUCACCGCUGUCAAAGACUCUAAAACUCUGUACGAGCUCGACGCUAUGGCGCUGCAGCCCAAGCGUGGCUUCCAUCAACUGAGCGUCACGGCCGCCGCCAGUGACAAGAGACUCGUCGGCAACACGAAGGCGCUCCUCAAGUUCAAGGUUUUGACUUCAAUAAGCUUAGAGCGUGUUGAGGUUGGCACUGCUGACGCUGACCAAAGCUCUGCUCCGACUCUCAAAGAAGUAGUGUACGGCAGCAAACUCGCAGGUGGUCCACUGGAAGCUGACCGUCACCAGAAGGUCCUGGUGCGCUUCCAAGUGAAGGACACUACGAGCGGCAAGCCCACACGCGUCCAUCAGGCCUUCGUCAGGAUCACGCACUCGAGCAGCAAGCGCGAGAUCAUCUUCAAGGCAGAUCCUGAACCUUCAAGUGUUCUCUACAAGUUUGAGAUGGUCGUGUCUGCCAGCCAGCCUCAGUUCAAGGGAGUCAGCGGCCUCUACUCCAUGGAACUGAUCAUUGGGGACGCGUGCAUAAGCAACCCUUUGCGUUGGAACCUGGCUGACCUCAACCUCAACUUCCCUGCAACAAAACCCACUGAUUCUGCUGAAGCUGCCGUUGACUACACCUACAAGCCCAAGCCAGAGAUCACGCACAAGUUCCAAGAACCGACACAGAGACCUUCUGCCUUUGUGUCCACUACCUUCACUGUUCUCUGCCUCCUGCCACUCGUCCUGCUCCUCGUCUUGUGGGGCAAGCUGGGCAUCAACGUUUCCAACUUCCCCUUCUCACUGAGCGCCCUGGGUUUCCAUUUGGGGAUCGGAGCGAUCUUCGGACUUUUCUGCUUCUUCUGGCUACAGCUGAACAUGUUCACUACCUUACGCUAUCUGUUCAUGGUGGGCGUGUUCACUUUCUACUGCGGCAAUAGUAUGCUCUCGAAAAUUGCUGCAGCUCGAAAAGAGCACGAGACGAAGCUCGUCUAUGGUCCGUACUACCAAAAGCAGUACAAGUUCCACAAUAAUUAGCUGUCUACAUACCACCUGUCUGCUGUACCGCUAGUGGUCGCACUACUGUAGAAGCAGCAAGUGAAAUGAGCGUCUAUCUUCUCUGCACGAGUGGGGGGUUUGCCAUGCUAAGGCGUUUGAGCGUUCCUGAUUUAAUUACCUGUCCAGUUCACGCGACUUGCUAAUUUAUCUUCUAACAUCUAUUUGGUACAUUAAUUAGUUUUUGAGCUAGAGAAAAUUUUAUAUGAAAACGGAAGGAAAAAAUUUUAUGAUCGUCGGUAUUCUCCGUUAAUUUAGAACCGACCUAUUGAGCUAAGUUUUUGUUUUGUUUGUUUUUCACCCAUUGCUCUUAACCUAUCAAUGAGCGAAAUUCACUCCCUCAUUAUGCAACGGCCCAGCUGAAGGCAUUUUGAAAGCUGCACAAAUAUCAUUCCUUACGUAGCUAUAACUACUGUUUUUAGGCAUUUUGUGUGAACCACGGCGUGUUUAUUAAAAUUUCACGAACAGAUAACAUUGCAUCGUUGUUUAAAUAAUAUACCUUUUGAGAGUUAUCUGAUGCGGUGACAUGUUCAUGAUGCAAGUUGACUUGAGGACGAGCUGUACAUGUUUCCAUGAUCUACGAUAUUCAACGCAGGCCAUUUCACUUGCAAAUAAACAUGUGGUUUGAUUAGGAGAUCUUUCUUAACACGUGUGGAAAUAACGGCAUUAUUAUGAACAUCUUUGUAACACUUGUGUUUUGUAAGUUAAGUUGGGGUGAGUAAAUUUUCAACCCUGA